AUGGUGGACGAUAAUGUCCUCGUCGCCGCCGCCGAGCUUGUCGCCUCGCUCGGCACCGAACCUCUGUCCUCCUCCUCCCUCGCCAUCGGCUUGGGCACCCGAAUCAAACUUCCCGGCCGUGACACGCCGGCGAAGAGAAGUCUCGAGAUCGAACUGGAGCAGCUUGCCCUUCGCGUCGGGAAGCUCGAGAACAGGGCCUCGGUCGCGACCCCGGCCGUCUUUCCCGAGACGCCAAACGAAGUCAGCGACUCCCUCUUUGGCACGGAUGGCGGCGCCGGACACCAAUUGCCCCACCCCACUCAAGGUACCUUGGAUUGUCCGAAUCGUACUCCUCGCCGGCUGACCAAGGCAGCGCUGGAAGGGCUGCGUGAUCAUGUCGACGACCAGUCCAAGCUCCUCGACUGCCAGCGCCGGGAGCUCGCCGGCGUCAACGCCCAGCUGCUCGAGCAGAAGCAUCUGCAAGAACGGGCCCUCGAGGUCCUCGAGCAGGAACGUGUCGCCACGCUCGAGAGGGAGCUGUGGAAGCACCAAAAGGCGAACGAGGCCUUUCAGAAGGCGCUGCGGGAGAUUGGCGAGAUCGUCACCGCCGUCGCUCGUGGCGACUUGACCAUGAAGGUCCGCAUGAACACGGUCGAGAUGGACCCCGAAAUCACCACCUUCAAGCGAACCAUCAACGCCAUGAUGGAUCAGCUGCAAAUCUUUGCCAGCGAAGUCUCCCGCGUCGCCCGUGAAGUCGGCACCGAAGGCCUCCUCGGCGGACAGGCCCGCAUCGGUGGUGUCGACGGCACGUGGAAGGAGCUCACGGAUAACGUGAACGUCAUGGCCCAAAAUCUCACCGAUCAAGUGCGAGAAAUUGCUUCCGUCACGACCGCCGUCGCUCACGGCGACCUGACCAAGAAGAUUGAGCGACCCGCUCGGGGCGAAAUCCUCCAGCUGCAGCAGACCAUCAACACCAUGGUCGAUCAGCUGCGGACCUUUGCCUCCGAGGUCACUCGCGUCGCCAGGGAUGUCGGGACCGAAGGCAUCCUGGGAGGGCAGGCCGACGUCGGCGGCGUCCAGGGCAUGUGGAACGACCUGACCGUCAACGUCAACGCCAUGGCCAACAACCUGACGACGCAGGUGCGCGACAUCAUCAAGGUCACCACGGCCGUCGCCAAGGGGGACCUCACCCAAAAGGUCCAGGCCAGCUGUCGCGGGGAGAUCUUCGAGCUCAAGUCGACCAUCAACUCCAUGGUCGACCAGCUGCAGCAGUUCGCCCGCGAGGUCACCAAGAUUGCCCGCGAGGUCGGCACCGAGGGUCGCCUCGGCGGCCAGGCCACCGUCCACGACGUCGAGGGCACCUGGAGAAACCUGACGGAGAACGUCAACGGCAUGGCCAUGAACCUGACGACGCAGGUCCGAGAGAUUGCCAAGGUCACCACCGCCGUCGCUAAGGGCGACCUGACCAAGAAGAUCGGCGUCGAGGUCAAGGGCGAGAUUCUGGAGUUGAAGAACACCAUCAACCAGAUGGUCGAUCGACUCGGCACCUUCGCCGUCGAGGUGAGCAAGGUGGCCCGCGAGGUCGGCACCGACGGCACCCUGGGCGGGCAGGCACAGGUCGCCAACGUCGAGGGCAAAUGGAAAGACCUGACGGAGAACGUCAACACCAUGGCCUCGAACCUGACCGUCCAGGUGCGCAGCAUCUCCGCCGUCACCCAGGCCAUCGCCAACGGCGACAUGAGCCAGACCAUCGACGUCGAGGCCAACGGGGAGAUACAGGUGCUCAAGGAGACCAUCAACAACAUGGUCUCCCGCCUGUCGAGCUUCUGCUACGAGGUGCAGCGGGUGGCCAAGGACGUCGGCGUCGACGGCAAGAUGGGUGCGCAGGCGGACGUUGCCGGCCUCGACGGCCGCUGGAAGGAAAUCACCACCGACGUCAACACCAUGGCCAGCAACCUCACGACCCAGGUGCGCGCCUUCUCCGACAUCACGAACCUCGCCACCGAUGGCGACUUCACGAAGCUCGUCGACGUCGAGGCCUCGGGCGAGAUGGACGAGCUCAAGCGCAAGAUCAACCAGAUGAUAUCGAACCUUCGGGACAGCAUCCAGAGGAACACGCAGGCCAGGGAGGCGGCCGAGCUGGCCAACAAGACCAAGUCGGAAUUCCUCGCCAACAUGUCGCACGAGAUCCGGACGCCGAUGAACGGCAUCAUCGGCAUGACGCAGCUGACGCUCGACACCGACCUGACGCAGUACCAGCGGGAGAUGCUGAACAUCGUCAACAACCUCGCCAACAGCCUUCUGACCAUCAUCGACGAUAUCCUGGACCUUUCCAAGAUUGAGGCGAGGAGGAUGGUGAUCGAGGAGAUCCCCUACACGUUGCGAGGAACCGUCUUCAACGCUCUCAAGACCUUGGCCGUCAAGGCGAACGAGAAGUUCCUGGACCUGACCUACAAAGUGGACAGCUCCGUGCCCGACCACGUCAUCGGCGACUCCUUCCGCCUCCGCCAGAUCAUCCUCAACCUCGUCGGCAACGCCAUCAAGUUCACCGAGCACGGCGAGGUCAGCCUCACCAUCAAGGAGUGGGCCGACCAGGACGACGUCGGCCUGGGCGAGUACGCCGUCGAGUUUGUCGUCGAGGACACGGGCAUAGGCAUAGCGCAGGACAAGCUGAACCUCAUUUUCGACACGUUCCAGCAGGCCGACGGCUCCAUGACGCGCAAGUUUGGCGGUACCGGUCUCGGCCUCUCCAUCUCGAAGCGCCUCGUGAACCUCAUGGGCGGUGACCUCUGGGUGAACAGCGAGGCCGGCAAAGGCAGCCAGUUCCACUUCACCUGCCGAGUGAAGCUUGCCUCGGACGACACGGACUCGAUCAAGAAGCAGCUCCACCCGUACCUGGGCCACCAGGUGCUCUUCGUCGACAAGGCCCAGUCGAGCUCCGGCGCCGAGAUUCGGCGCAUGCUCGAGCAGAUCGGCCUCGAACCCGUCGUCGUGGAUUCCGAGAAGAGCUCCGCUCUCACGCCGGUCGAGGAUGGCGGUGCGCUUCCCUACGACGCCAUCCUCGUCGAUUCCAUCGACACGGCGCGAAGGUUGAGGGCCGUUGAUGACUUCAAGUACCUCCCUGUCGUCCUCUUGGCACCAGUCGUCCACGUCAGUCUGAAAUCUUGCCUCGAUCUGGGCAUCACGUCGUACAUGACGACGCCUUGCAAUCUCAUAGAUCUCGGCAACGGCAUCAUCCCGGCCUUGGAGAACAGGGCAACGCCUUCGCUCGCCGACAACACUAGGUCCUUUGAGAUUCUGCUCGCCGAAGAUAACACCGUAAACCAGAGGCUUGCCGUGAAGAUAUUAGAGAAGUACCACCAUGUCGUGACGGUCGUGGGCAACGGCUGGGAAGCGGUGGAAGCCGUCAAGGAGAAGAAGUUUGAUGUCAUUCUCAUGGACGUCCAGAUGCCCAUCAUGGGCGGUUUCGAGGCCACAGGCAAGAUACGCGACUACGAACGAAGCUUGGGGACGCACAGGACGCCCAUCAUCGCUCUUACCGCCCACGCGAUGAUGGGAGACCGCGAAAAGUGCAUUCAGGCGCAGAUGGACGAGUACCUGUCGAAGCCGUUGCAGCAGAACCACCUCAUACAGACGAUACUGAAGUGCGCCACCCUCGGCGGCGCGCUUCUUGAAAAGAACCGCGAGCGCGAGCUGGCUCUCCAGGCGGAUGCGAAGUCGGGGAGCCACAAGAUUAACUCGCAAGGGUUCCUCCGGCCGGCGAUGGAGAACCGAGCGAUUACGAUGCGGGAGCCGAUGGGCGGCGCAGCGACGGAGAACCCCAGCCUUAUCGUGUCCGAUCAGGACGAUUCCUGGUCCAGAUCAUGCCGCACCGACCUCUCCGAUAUGCGGAGCAUGUCUGGCUAG